AUGACGUUUACAUUGGUGCUUUCAGCUUUGAUUUUGGUAAGAGUAUCACUCGCCCAGACGUACUCAGCUUCAUUCACUCAGUACGGAUCGACAGACAGCUGGGGCUCCGGUAACUGCAAUGUCAAUACAGCAGCUUGUGGUUUCUAUACAAAUCCCGGAUACUCUGCUGCGGUGUCUGAGAACCUCUACGGCGUCGGUCCAGGAGCUGGAGCGGGUCCAGCAUGCGGUGCUUGCUACAGAUUGACAGCACAGAAGGACAGCUCAGGCAACACACUCAGGAAUGCGGGCACAAGUAUUGUGGUCAUGGUGAACAACCUUUGCCCAGCAUCCGGAAAUCCGCUUUGCAGUCAGAAUGGUCUGUCUGGCCAAAACCAGUAUGGGGCAAAUGUCAACUUUGAUCUUUGCAUUGACUCCGGAGCAGCCGGAGCACUGUUUGGUGAUUCCGGAGUGGGACUGGCAACAGGUUCUGCUGAAGAAGUGGAUUGUUCGCAGUGGUCAGGAACGCAACGGUCGUAG